AUGGAUAACUUGACCACAAGCAACAUGACAACGGGGAAUGAGACGUUUCCGACGCAGCACAAUCAAACCUUGGGCGUUUGGCGCGACUACACGCCAGAGUACAAGGCAGUUAGUGUGUUUUUGGUGUCCUUCAUAUGCGGGGUGGGGAUGGUGGGGAACAUAAUGGUCAUACUGGUGGUCCUGACCACGAAACACAUGCGAACUCCCACCAACUGUUACCUGGUGAGCCUGGCAGCUGCCGACCUGAUGGUGCUGACCGCAGCCGGGCUGCCGAACAUCACCGACGCCCUGCACGGGCAGUGGGUGUACGGAUACGCAGGAUGCCUGGGAAUCACUUAUCUUCAAUAUUUGGGAAUAAACGCGUCCUCUUGUUCCAUUACAGCCUUCACGGUGGAGCGAUACAUCGCCAUCUGUCACCCAAUCAAAGCACAGUUUCUGUGCACUUUAUCCCGGGCAAAGAAGAUUAUUAUGCUGGUGUGGGCGCUCACGUCCAUCUACUGCAUCAUGUGGCUCUUUUUGUCAGACACACAAACUUUGGUAUAUGAUAAUGUUGUACUCAUCAGCUGCGCCUACAAAGUGUCCAGGAGUCAGUAUCUACCCAUUUACUUCAUAGAUUUUGCCGUUUUUUACGUGCUGCCCCUCAUGCUGGCCACAGUUAUGUAUGGACUCAUCGCAAGGAUUCUUAUCCUAACCCCUUUGCCUGCGGACCCAAAAGAAAGCACCGGCAGGUGGAGGAGAGGAACGAGUAAAGUCGGAGGAAGGACGAUCAGGGCCAGCUCUUCCAGCAGCACCACUGCUGCUUCCCGCAGACAGGUUACCAAAAUGCUGGCUGUGGUAGUAAUCCUUUUCGCCUUACUUUGGAUGCCCUAUCGGACCUUAGUUGUCGUCAACUCCUUCCUGGACAAGGCUUACCUGGACAACUGGUUCCUGCUCUUCUGCCGCCUUUGCAUCUAUCUGAACAGUGCCAUCAACCCGGUCAUCUACAACGUCAUGUCUCAAAAGUUUCGCACUGCCUUUAAAAAGCUGUGUCACUGUGGGCCUCAGAGGAUGGAGAAACCUGCAACAUACAGCGUAGCACUUACCUACAGUGUCAUUAAGGAUUUAUCCAAUGGAGAAAGUCCUGACCACUUCACUACAGAAAUGGAAGAGCUACACACACCAAGCGAUCAGUUUUUACCCACUGGAAUUCCGCAAAUUGGCAAGGAAAUGAUGUUCGAGGAGCCAUCCCUUUCAGCAAAAGAUGAUUAA